AUGUCAUCCAAACUCAUACCUGCCAAUCCCGCCGACGUUAUGGUCAUUCGUGACGUGACGCCCAACAUCACCACCUUCUCCGUCCCCUUCUUACGCUUCGGCACGAUCAAGGUUGGUGGUCGCGGGACCCUGGUGCGCUUAUCCACCGGUACCCUCGCCAUCUUCUCCCCCGUCGCCUUGACCGACGACGUCCGCGCCAAGAUCGCCGCCCUGGGCACUACUGUCUCCCACAUCAUCGCCCCCGAUAUUGAGCACCACAUCUUCCUCUCCGAAUGGAAGGCGGCCUUCCCCGAUGCCAAGCUGAUCGGCCCGCAAGGCCUUCCCGAGAAACGCGCCAAGCAGGCAUCCAGCGACGACAAGAUCCGGGACGACCCCUUUGCCGUCGUUUUCGAGGCUGGUCCCGCCAAGCGCGACCUCCGCAUCGACCCGGCCUUCGAUGCCGACUUUGAUUACGAAUUUGUAGACGCUCACCCCAACAAGGAACUCGUCUUCUACUUCCGCCCCGAUCGUGUCCUCAUCCAGGCCGAUCUGUUUUUCAACCUGCCUGCCACCGAGCAGUACUCUCGGGUACCCGACGCGCAGAAAGCUCCUGGUCUUGCCGAUAAGCUUUUCGGCAGCCUACAGACGACCGAAGGCGACGGCAAGUGGGCGAGGCGCGUCCAGUGGCACCUGUUCAGCGCCAAGGACCGAACGGGCUACAGCGAGAGCGUCCGCCGCAUUGCUGAGUGGGAUUUUGAGACGGUCAUUCCCUGCCAUGUGACACCAUGGUCGGUGACGGUAAGGAAAGGUUCCUCAAGGUCUUCGCCUGGCAUUUGA